AACUCUAGAUGGCGCAUGCACUGAAUCGAAGUAGCCGGCAAGAUGGCGGUAGCUGGACGGUUCUCGCAAAAGUUAUUCCGUCUUUCAUUGCUGAAAAAUGUUCGAGUUUUGCAAAAAGCGUAUGCAUCAUCAUUUGGAGACAGUACCAAGAGAGGAAUGCCUGGUGCCUAUCCCAAGACAGAAGAAGAAAGAAUUGCUGCUGCUAAGAAAUACAACAUCCGUGUGGAAGAUUACGAACCCUAUCCAGAUGAUGGAUUAGGCUGGGGAGAUUAUCCUAAAAUGGAAAAAAUCCAUCAGGACUCCAGAGAUCCUCAUGCUGACUGGGAUUUUCCAGAAGAGAGGAGGAACUAUGGAGAGCUUCUACACAUAGAAGAGGAUUUUCUCAAGAGAUAUACACCCAACAGUACAAAGAAAUACAAAUACUCCCAUACUCAACAAGCAGGCAUGUUUUUCGCUGUUUUGGGAACCCUUGGCUUCUUAUUUUGGCUUGGAUCAUUUUACAAGUUUUUCCCACCUGUUGUACCUAAGCAGUAUCCUGAAAACAACAGAAUUAUACCAGAAUUCAAAAUGUUCUAA